CGCCGGAGGGGAGGGGGUUAAAGUAAAUGAAUCCACCAGAUAAUAAAACUUUGUGUACUGAACACGCCACUGAGGAGGACGAACUUUCUUUAGCUUUUGUAGACAAAUUUAAGCAUUUAAUAACUCCUCGAAAACGCCUCGGAGUCAUGUGUUUUUAACCAGCUCGCGCCACACUGAAAAGAGAGAGGCGUUAAUCAGUUUGAUAAAUUUUUUGGCACAACACCGGCUGCGAAGAAUUGUGCCUUGUUGUGCUCCCACCUUCUCGUCCCCACCCCCGCUCCGUGCCGCACUGGUUCCGUCUGGCUCGCCCCUCAGCUGCUGCGUGUCCUGGGAUGACCUGUUGAUGUCGGUAGAAUGGAGAAUGGCAGGGGGAGCGAUUUCCCCCAUCACCAAAAUAUUUAAAUAAGGCGAGGUUUCUGAGAGCUUGACAACCAGCCGGCGCCGCAGCACGACGACCUCGUCCGCUCGGGCUCUAAACCCUUUGGUGGUGUGCGUAGGCGCACCAUGGCCCAGACCCUCCAGAUGGCGAUCCCGAACUUUGGCAACAACAUUUUAGAGUGUCUGAAUGAGCAGCGUCUGCAGGGCCUCUACUGCGAUGUCUUUGUCGUGGUCAAGGGCCACACCUUCAAGGCUCAUCGAGCUGUUCUGGCAGCGAGCAGCUCUUAUUUCCGGGACCUCUUCAGCAGCAGCAGCAACGGAUCAGGUGGUAACGGCAAUGAGACAAGCCCAACCGUAGUCGAGCUCCCGCCUGCUGUGCAGCCUCAGAGCUUUCAGCAGAUUUUGACUUUCUGCUACACAGGUCGCCUUAGUAUGACAGUGGGAGACCAGUUCCUCCUCAUGUAUACUGCUGGUUUCCUUCAGAUCCAGCAGAUCAUGGAAAAAGGCACAGAAUUUUUCCUCAAGGUAUCCUCUCCUAGUUGCGACUCCCAGGGUCUUCAUACAGAAGAAACCCCUCCCUCAGAGCCCCAGAGCCCCGUAACACAGACCAGUAACAGUGCAGCACGCCCGCCCUCCAGCCUGACUCCCUUACCUCUGGUAUCACGAGUUAAAGCGGAGCAGCCAGCCAAUCAGACAGAUGCAGCCGCUCCUUAUUCUGUAGUCUGCACUCCCGUUGCCAAGCGACUUUGGGAGGGAGGCAGCAGCCGAGACGGUGGUGGGGUGGGUUCGGGGGGAGGAGGAGGAGCCAGAAAGGCAGCCAGGUACUCCCAGGAGGCGGUUCGGGGGAGUGCCAUCCAGAGUCCUGGGGCUGUCGGGUUGGCCAUGGGAAUGAACGCCACCACAACUGGCCUGGCGGGGAUGGUGGCUAGUGGCGGGAUGAGCGGGAGCACCAAUGGGAACUCUGGUCCAGGUGUAGGCAUGUCGGAGGGCGCCAGCCCCGGCACCAUGAGCACCUACGCUAGCGACUCGCCCAUCAGCUACCAUGAUGAUGAAGAAGAAGAAGAAGGGACAGAUGAAAGUGCCGAAGAGCAGUACAGGCAAAUCUGCAACAUGUAUACCAUGUACAGUAUGCUCAACAUGGGAGCUGCAGCAGCUGGCGAGCGAGUUGAGGCACUACCGGACCACACAGAGACACGAGGUCGGAUGCGAGGCCGAGAUCUUACGUGUCUCCCAGCAGAACUCAUCGCUCAGAUAGGCAACCGCUGCCAUCCCAAACUGUACGAGGAAGGAGAUCCUGCUGAGAAGCUGGAGUUAGUCUCAGGUACUUCUGUGUAUAUUUCGCGAGCGCAGCUCAUGAAUUGUCAUGUGAGCGCUGGGACCAGACACAAGGUGCUGCUGAGGAGGCUGCUGGCUGCCUUCUUUGACAGGAACACGUUGGCCAACAGCUGUGGAACGGGGAUCCGAUCAUCCACCAACGACCCGAGCCGAAAGCCCCUGGACAACAGAGUGCUCCAUGCCGUCAAAUUUUAUUGCCAGAAUUUUGCCACCAGCUUCAAAGAGAGUGAGAUGAACGCCAUUGCGGCGGACAUGUGCACCAACGCCCGGCGUGUGGUUCGUAAGAGCUGGAUACCCAAACUGAAGCUGCUGAUGGCCGAGAGUGACGCAUACUCCGCUUUCCUUCCCGACAGUGUCAAGACGGAGGACGACACCCUGGGGCCGGACCCGAGCUUCGACCCCGGGUCCCUGGAGAACACAAGCGGUGCUGGUAUGGAGUCCAGUGGCUCGUCAGGUGAAUCUCUGCCAGGUGUAGGUGGAGACGGAGGACCAUUGUUUUGACCGUUCAGCCCUGUGUUUUCCCAGCUGUGCUUGCCUCCUCACGUUUUGGCCAACGCUGAUCUCUCACAUCUUGACUCGACAGUGCAAAUGGCGACAGCUGCCGCCUUGACAUAACCAGGACACCGAAACUUACAAUUUUUGCUUUAUGAAUAGUAAAUUUGAAUUAGUUGAGGGAAGUGAGAGUGUAGAAGGGGCCUCUGCCUCUACAUGUUGCUUGUUGGGUUUUUUUUGCAUCCACUGUUGCAAUACAGUGUUGAAUACAUUCCCUGAGGUGCAGGUUGUAGAUGGAGCUACCAGUGCCUCUUGAGGAGGAGGAGGUGGCUGGAUGGAUGGACAGGCUGGAGGCAGAGGUGACCAGUAUGAUGAAUGUAAGUGUCACUGGCAUUUUUCUCUAUGCAAGCCUGACAACUUGUGCUCCAGCCUCGGGAAAGAAACUAAAGAAACCUUAUUAAAACAAAUCAACACUACUUGUUCUUCCUGCCCCCAUACAUAAGUCCCCCAUUCACCCAGUGAGUAUUCUUCACCUCACCUCACCUUUCUCCAGACCAGAGAGAGCAUUUCACUGUGCCGCGUCUCACAGAAAGGUUCUCUUCUCUGUUUUCUAACGUUUUUGUGUGUUUUUGUCUGGACUGAAAAGAGUGAGAGAGCUUUUUACAAAGAUGGUUGUAAAGAAGAUUGAGGGGUAACUAAAGGUGGGUAUAUUUUUAGAAGACAACUUAUAUUUAUACAAGCGCUCAUGUCUAGACCGGCGUGAGCAGUGAGAGAGUGAGAGGGAUUGUUUUAAAAUCUCGAUAUUCUUGGAAGAGUUCUUGUCUAAUAGGGAAAAGUGCUAUUUUUGCAGGAGUAUAACAAAGGAGUCUUAUCACAGGAACCUCUGUCAUUUAUUUUUAUCUUUAUUUUACAAUGGAAGUGAUGGAAUGAGCAGUUGAACUGCUGAUUUUGGUGCAUUUCAUCUUCUGUUCACCAGCCUAAAAGGAACAAUAGGACUUUAUUAGUUGGCUUGACUGUCUUUGCGAUUCUUCUUUUCAUUAGGUUGCUCACCUGCAAUGUUCACCUCCUUUGAUAAAACAUUGGCUUACAAAUCUGAAGUUAACUUCUAAAAUGUUCGAAUGAUUGGAUCUAAAUUUGUCUGUAUAACAAAUAUUUUGAACAAUUCGUAAUUAUUGUUGGAGAAUAGGAUGUGCCUUUUCAUCAGAAGUAAGAGUUCAUUAAUGUCAAGAGAUGUUAAUGUAAACAGCUUUUAAUGGUACUAUCUGUGAGUGUGUGUUGGAUAAUGCAGAUCCCAUGUGCAGACGUGUUAUAGGAAUUAGUCCAUCACAACUCAAUUUCAAAAAUUGUAAAAGAUUUCUACUGAAGAGUUUGAGUUGAUCUUUGCACCUUUCACAAAUGAUGAGUGGUCUCUGCACCUUAUUGAGAAGAACCGACGGUUCAUGCACCUUUUGACAAAUGUUGUGUAGCAAUCAGCCCCGCCCCGCCCUACAGGUAGAAUUCUUUGUGUAUUAACCCUCAAAACCCACUUCUUUGUUUCUUAUCCGAACGAAGAAGACUGUUCAGUUGAAGCCCAAGUCUUCUUUCUUUCUUUCUGGAGCUGAUUGUUUUAUUUGUGAAAGUCUGAGUUUGACUGAAGCUUAUUUCAUUUCUGUUGUCCUAAUGCAUGUUGACCGGUCAGUUCUGGGAGGUGGAUCAAAGUGGAAGCAAUCCAAGUUUGGCUUGGAAUGUGUCAACUUAAAGGAAUUUUUCAGUCCUUUUAGUGUGUUUUUCUGUGGAAAAGUUUUAAAUAUUACUUGCUAAUACUUGCAGGGUGGUCUCAGUUGGGAGAAAUAGAGUUUAGGGCAUUUUUAGCACUUUAUCUAAAUCUUGAGGAACCAAGUUAUGUUACUGCUGUAUUAAAAUGGCUCCAAUUUCCAAAAGAUUUCAAAGCAUUUGACACAUGUUCUUUUAUAAACCUACUGUAUACCCUGCUGUCACCUCAGAAUUACAUCCUUAUAUGUAUAUAAAUUCAAAUUUCCUGCUGAACUUUAACCCUGGAUGAUAGGGAAGUCCUGUGUUUCACUAGACUGUCAAGCAUGUAUUUAAAUAUAUAUAGUCUGACAAAAAACCCAUAGACAGUUCUGCCGUUAGGCGAAAUCUAUGGUUGUCCAGUUGAAUCUCAGAUUCAGGAGGAGCAAUGUUGUUUUCGUCCUGGUCGUGGAACUGUGGACCAGCUCUAUACCCUUGCAAGGGUGAUGGAGGGGGCAUGGGAGUUGGCCCAACCAAUCCACAUGUGUUUUGUGGAUUUGGAGAAGGCUUAUGACUGUGUCCCCAGGGGCACCCUGUGGGGGACGCUCCAGGAGUAGGGUGGGUGGCUUUCUGUUAAGGGCCAUUCAGUCCCUAUACCAGAGGAGCUUGAGUUUGGUCCGCAUAGCCGGUAGUAAGUCGGACCUGUUCCCAGUAAGGGUUGGACUCCGUCAGGGCUGCCCUUUGUCACCGGUUCUGUUCAUUACCUUUAUGGACAAAAUUUCUAGGCGCAGCCGUGGUGUGGAGUGUGUUGAGUUUGGUGGCAGGAGAAUCUCGUCUCUGCUUUUUGCGGAUGAUGUGGUCCUCCUAGCUUCAUCCAGCUCUGACCUUCAGCUCUUGCUGGGUAGGUUCGCGGCCGAGUGUGAAGCGGCUGGGAUGAGGAUCAGCACCUCCAAAUCUGAGACCAUGGUUCUCGACCAGAAAAGGGUGGCUCGCCAACUCCGGGUCGGGGGAGAGGUCCUACCUCAAGUGGAGGAGUUUAAGUAUCUCGGGGUCUUGUUCACGAGUGAGGGUAGGAGGAAUCGGGAGAUUGACAGGCGGAUUGGUUUGGCAUCUGCAGUGAUGCAGACGCUGAGCCAAUUUGUCAUGGUGAAGAGGUAGCUGAGCCAGAAAGCCAGGCUCUCGAUUUACCGGUCGAUCUACGUCCCAAUCCUAACCUAUGCUCAUGAGCUUUGGGUAAUGACCGAAAGAACGGGAUCGCGGAUACAAGCGGCCGAAAUGAGUUUCCUCCGUAGGGUGACCGGGCUCAGCCUUAGAGAUAGGGUGAGGAGCUUGGCCAUUCGGGAGGGACUCUGAGUAGAACCGCUGCUCCUCUGGAUCGAAAGGAGCCAGUUGAGGUGGAUUGGGCAUCUGGCCAGGAUGCCUCCUGGACGCCUCCCCGGGGAGGUGUUUCAGGCAUGUCCUGCCGGCAGGAGGCCCCCGGGUCGACCCAGGACACGUUGGAGAGGAUACAUCUCCAAUCUGGUCCGGGAACGCCUUGGGGUCCUGCCGGAGGAGCUGGUGGAGAAGGCCGGGGAGAGGAUGAUCUGGAGCUCCCUAGUUGGGAUGCUGCCCCCGCGACCCGGAUAAGCGGAGGAAGACGACGACUAUGGUUGUCUUUCAAACUGUCACCACACGCAGUUGGACAGUGCUACGACCAAUCAGCGCAAGAAACAAUUAGAUGUAUUCAUCGAUACGGUCAAUAGUGCUGCCAUACACCAUCGAAGAAUAUAUAAGUACAUAAUUUUUGUGAUUAAAGCUAUAUCUGCUCAAGUGUCACAUAAAAGUCCAAGUCAUCUGAAGUUGAUGCCAAAACCUUUUCAAUAGACCGCCAUGCAGAUCCACCUGCAGAGCAAAAUGUUUUGCGCCGGCUACGGUUUAAACGGCAAAAGUUUCGUCCUGACGAAGGCCAGUGCAGCUGAAACUAGUCAACAGGAUUUUUAUUGGAUUAGCCAUGUGACAAUAAAGGCUUUUAACCCAUUUUCUUUCUCCCGAGUGUCUUAGAUCCCUUUUUCCUUAAGCUAUGCUGCUAUGGUUUGUCUAGAUUCAGCAGUGGCUUAAGUGACUGCGCUGCUGGUGAUAUUUUAAGAAACCAUUUUUUAAAAGUUUGAUAUUGGUGCAAAGUUUUACAAAAUAACCUUUGCAUGAACCACUGUGACAUUUAGGAAUUUGGGACCAUGUAAAGAAGGCAGCAAAAUACCUUGGCGUCGGCUACCACAGACAAAUACGUAGACGGCCCGUUGACUGGCGCUGCCUAUUGGAGCUGCCGUAGUGGCCGGCUGCCAUCUUAGAUGGGUCUCCAUUCACCCUUAGUGCAUUCAUUUCUACUGAGGAAGGUGCUUACCCAACUAAAAAACACAUUUUUUAUGCUUUUUCAUGAAAUCAGACACAUGGUAUGGCAUGAUAAUUAAAAUAUGAAUA